UUCACAACUAUAGUGAAACAGCACGACGGGGGCACGACUCGUACGGUCAUACCCGGGCUGAGCCUCCGAUAGUCCGAUUCGAUCUCCUCCUCCGCUUCCACCUCUGCCGGUGCGGGGGCGCGGCGGGAGUCAUGGAGGGAAGGUGUCGAGGAAAGCCAGCGAGAUAACCCACCUCAAUUCCACUCCUGAGCUCGCGCCCUCCUCCGGCGCCGUCGUCUUCCCUGUCUCAGUCCCUCACCUCGAUGGACUCACUUGCCGCCGCCUGCCUCUGCUCCCGCCGUCGCCGCGCUCGCCGACUCCUCCUGGCCGCUGCGGCGGCCACCGCCGGGUACGGCCUCUACCGCCUCUACCGCCACCACCGCCGCCGCAUCGUCGCCGCCCUCUCCCUUGCCGACGCCGUGUCCCAGGUCGGUUCCGACCUCGCCGAAUUCCUCCGCUCCGACUCCGACCAGGUCCCACGAAGCCUCCUCCAGCUUUCCAAGCUCGCCGCUUCCGAACCCGUCUCCUCUGCUGCGUCUUCCCUCUCCGAGUCCCUCGCCUCCGGCGUCCUCCGCGCCAUCUCUCACCAGCGCCAAUUACAUCAACAGCAGCAGCAAAACCCCCAAACCCCGCUCCAAGAUCGGAUCUUGGAUCGCCUCCUCUCCCCCGAGGGCGCCGGAUUCGCCUCCGCUGUCGUCGGAAGCUUCGCGAGGAACCUCGUUUUGUCCUCCUGCGACGCCCGCACGGCGGACGCCGGCGACCGCGAGGAGCCCCGGUGGCUGGCUGCGCUCUGCAGCGCCACGGGGAAGGAGGCUGCCGCGGACCUCGUCCGAGUCUUCGUCAGCACCGCCGUAGCGGCCUACCUCGACCGCACCGCCGCAGUGCGCACCAACAGCCAGCUGCUCGCUGGCCUCUCUGACCCAAGGCACGAGGCCAAGGUCAAGGACCUGGCUGUCUCUGUCUGCAACGGUGCUGUCGAAACCUUCCUCAGGACGUCGCGGCAGCUCGCCAAGGAGGCCUCCGAUGCUCGCACUGAGGCAGCAGCAAUGGAGCGUGUGGUGGACGAUUCAGACAGCAGCAACUGCGUGAUCCAGAAGGUUUCAAGCACGCUGGCCGCUCCGAGCAACAGGAGAUUUGUACUGGACGUCACAGGCAGGGUCACUGCAGAGACGGUCCGGUCAUUCCUUGACUUCCUAGCGCAGCGGAUGUCUGAUGGGGCCAGGAAGAGCAUUGUCAUCGCCCGUGAUGAAGUCGCCGAGAGGGGGCUCGUUGCUGUCAAGUACCUUGGCGCCAAGUCCAUGGCCAUCUUUACCAUCUCCCUAGCAUUGUGCAUGCACAUUUUGAUGGGAACACGGUUUCUAUUGCCAGCGUAGCCAUCUGGCUGGUUGGGAGCUGGAAUUCCAUGACAGGUGAUUGAUUACUACUUGUCCUGAUUGUAGGUGCAGAGUAAAUUAUGUAGAUUUGAAAUUGAUCCUAUAAUACAAGUUGUCCUUCUCUUUUGUGUGUUGGUGAAAAGUGUGAAAAUUUAAGCUAGAAACCUGUGGGGUUUGUAGUUGAUUUUUGUUUUUUUGGUUGAUGGAAGUAUAUAUGCAUCUGAAAUGACACUGGCCAAUUUGGCAAUGUGAUUUUGAGGUUAGACACCUCUAUUGUUGUGUCCUUAUAGCUGUCACUAGCUUGCUACUGCUGGUUGUUUUUGUUGUUAUAAGCUGUUGAUCAAUGUAAAACAUCCAGGCAGAGCAACAGGUAUCUUAACUGCUUGCUCUUGAAACUCUCUUUUGUACACUUUUUAGUUGUAAGAAAGGGAGAAGUGAAGUGAAUAAGUGGGGUUGAUUUUGCACAUGUCCCUUUGUCUUAUUUUCCUUUUCUUGUUAAACUAAUUGAGCUCAACUGAAUGAUGAAUCAAUGCAGCCAUCUGUAGAUAGGAUCUGUGCUACUUAAGCAGUAGCUCUUAUACUUUGCUGCUGACCUUUGGUUUCGAUUAGCACUUAUCAUUUUGAAGUGGUGUCACUGAGUUUAUUUCAUUUUCAAUUUCUAAAGCCACACAAAACAUUUGCUUGUCUUAGACAUAUACUAUUCAAGUAUUUUUCAUACCAGUUAGUAGUAUACCAUCUGCUAUACUUUCUGUCAAGUAGCAGGUCUGAAUCAGCUGAAUUGAUUUGGAGUAUGUCCUUGAUUUGCCAUAUUUAGCUCAAUGCAUGUGGCACCCCCAUUCCCCCAAUGAACCACAUUUAAUUCUUUACCUAAGUGGGAUCUCCUAGCAUUUAAUUGGGUGUUUCAGUAAGAUGAAACAGCUAUACAGGAUUGGUUUCCCUGUAUAUUAUCAGACUAGCAGUGCCUUCUCUCUAGUUUAGCAGCAUGUGCCAUCCUAAUUCCAGAGAUGUUUGAAGACUAGAGGUUAGUUUGCUUGGUUACUACUUAGAUAAAGUUGAUACCAAGAGUGAAUGAUCUGGGGCCGGUAGUCAACCUGGGUUGGGUAAGGCCGUAAGGGGUGGUACCAGGAAUGGUCCUGACGUGGUGUUGUUGUGGCCUCAACUGAGUGAAUAACAGAUUGAUCAUGGAAACAUUCAAAUGCAUGCAUAUUUCGACGGGAAUGAUGUUCCUAUUGCUGAAUGAGCUUAGCUGCGUUGGAGUGGAAAUUCCAUUUUUGGGUUGUUGAUUACUACUUCUCAUGAUUAUGGUUGGCUGUGGCUGCAGAGCAAAUUAUGUAGAUUGCAAAUUGAUCUUGUAUACUGCUAACAGUCCUUUAGUUUCUCAUCUUAGUGAAAAGUACGAAAGCGCAAUGUAGUAAAGGUAGAAACUUGUUGGAUUAUGGUUGGUUGUUAGCAAGUGUCGGUUUGGUUGAUGGAGGCACACAUGGGUAUGCAGCAGCAAGAUGCCUAGAUCACACUGGGUCAAUUCGGUGUUUUUUUUGUGAGUAUGGUCUGUGUGGUGUCCUGUAUUGUUGCUUCCAGUAGUGAUUAGCUUCUUGUAGUAGGUUGUUUAUGCUGUCUGUCAAUGUAACAAAAAAUGUCAUCCAGAACAGUAGGAGCAGAAAACUUGUCUGCUUAUCCUUGACGUUCUCUCUGAUAUGAUUUGUAAUAGAGAACAUGAAGUACAUAGAUGGAUGCAUGCCUUUUGUAUUUCCUGGCUUCUUGAUAUGACCUUUGUGUUCCCCCCAUUUUUUUUUUCUUUUAUGAAUGCAGUCCAAUGUACUCAAAGGAAGCAUGAAUUGACAUAAUCUGUGGUGACUA